AUGUCCAAACGUACGGAGAAGACUGAUGCUGGUUCUUAUGAGAAACAAAUCAAAGAGUCUAAAUCUACGAAGGUUACAAAGAAGUUACCAGUUACUGAAGCAGAGCCAAUAAUACCCGAAGUUUCAAAUGAUGAUACACCAUUAACUCAAAAAGAAAUUAUUACUUCGAAGGUCGGUGUUUUACGAAGAAUCAAAAUGAAAUCCAAGGACAAGAGCCGAUCUCCAAUCACGAAUGUCGUACGAAAGCCACAAGUUACUCAUCAGGGAGUCCUAUUUCAUGAAAUUCCAGUGCUUGUUUCUCCAUCUUCAAAGAAACGAAGGGCUACUGAUAUGGCUAAACACAUUUCCAAGAAGAAGAAGAAAAAAAAGCAAAAUGAUAAUCUCUUCUAA